AUGCCCUUGAUAGACGGUCCCCGGAACGGUGAGACUGUCACUGCCAGUGCUCAGAAUGGCAUUCCUGUCAUUGACGGGGUCGACCCCGCUACACAUCAAGGGGACUUCGAGCGUGAUCCCAACAGGCGGCAGAAGAUCGUAGUAGUGGGAUUGGGCAUGGUUGCAGUUGCAUUCAUUGAGAAACUCGUCAAGCUAGAUUCAGAAAGACGCAAAUACGACAUUGUCGUCAUUGGAGAAGAGCCGCACAUUGCCUACAACCGCGUGGGCUUGUCAUCAUACUUCGAGCACCGCAAGAUCGAAGAUCUGUAUCUGAACCCAAAAGAAUGGUACGGCUCAUUCAAGGACCGAUCGUUCGACUACUAUCUCAACACCCGAGUAACCGAUGUCUUUCCUCAACACAAAACCGUCAAGACCUCGACCGGUGACAUUGUUUCAUAUGAUACCCUCGUUCUCGCUACUGGUUCAGAUGCCGUCCUUCCUACCAAUACACCCGGCCACGAUGCCAAGGGUAUUUUCGUUUACCGUACCAUUUCCGACUUGGAACGCCUCAUGGAGUUUGCUUCUAAUCACAAGGGCUCAACUGGUGUAACGGUUGGAGGUGGCUUGCUCGGUCUGGAAGCCGCCAAGGCCAUGACAGAUCUCGAAGACUUUGGCAGUGUCAAGUUAAUAGAUCGCAAUAAAUGGGUGCUCGCCAGGCAGCUCGACGGGGAUGCCGGUUCUCUUGUGACGAAAAAGAUCAGAGACCUUGGUCUGGAAGUGCUUCACGAGAAGCGAGUUGCCAAGAUUCACACUGAUGAUAACAACAAUGUGACCGGUAUACUCUUUGAGGACGGCCAGGAGAUUGACUGCUCUUGUAUCUGCUUUGCUAUCGGCAUUCGGCCACGAGACGAACUGGGGGCAAACGCCGGAAUUCAAUGCGCCAAGCGUGGUGGCUUCGUUAUUGACGAGAGCUUACGAACAUCCGUUGAUGACAUCUACGCCAUUGGCGAGUGUGCCAGCUGGGAAAACCAAACGUUCGGCAUUAUCGCUCCCGGUAUCGAGAUGGCCGAUGUACUCUCUUUCAACUUGACGAACCCCGACAAAGAGUCUAAGAGAUUCAACAGACCGGAUCUAAGCACGAAACUCAAGCUUUUGGGGGUUGAUGUUGCCAGCUUUGGUGACUUUUUCGCCGAUAGGGAUGGACCCAAGUUUCUGCCUGGCCAGCGACCAUCUGCCGAAGGUAUUGGCGCUGCAGACCUGACGACUGAGAAAGAGCCUCAGGUCAAAGCCUUGACGUACAGAGAUCCUUUUGGUGGAGUCUACAAGAAGUACCUGUUCACCAUGGAUGGCAAGUACUUGCUGGGCGGCAUGAUGAUUGGCGAUACCAAGGACUAUAUCAAGCUGAACCAGAUGGUCAAAUCACAAAAGCCUCUGGAGGUACCACCCAGCGAAUUUAUCCUCGGCGCUCAAAGUGGCGGAGAGGAAAAUGCGGAUGAUCUUGAUGACAGCACCCAAAUCUGCUCGUGCCACAAUGUGACAAAGGGCGACGUGGUGGAGAGCGUCAAGACAGGCACUUGCAAGACAAUAGCAGAUGUCAAGUCGUGCACUAAAGCGGGAACUGGCUGUGGCGGCUGCAUGCCUCUGGUGCAGUCAAUCUUCAACAAGACCAUGCUGGACAUGGGCCAAGAAGUCUCGAACCACUUGUGUGUUCACAUUCCGUACUCCCGAGCGGACCUCUACAAUGUCAUUGCAAUCCGACAGCUGAGAACCUUUGACGAAGUGAUGAAGUCGGUUGGAAAGUGCGCCGACUCGCUUGGAUGUGAGAUCUGUAAACCCGCGAUCGGUUCUAUUCUCUCCAGUCUCUUCAACCCUCAUCUUAUGGACAAGGAAUAUCACGAGCUCCAGGAAACAAACGACAGAUUUCUUGCCAACAUUCAAAGAAAUGGAACAUUCUCUGUUGUCCCUCGAGUUCCCGGUGGUGAAAUUACGGCGGACAAGUUGAUUGCAAUUGGUCAAGUGGCCAAGAAAUACGACCUAUACUGCAAGAUCACAGGUGGCCAGCGUAUCGAUAUGUUCGGUGCUAAGAAGCAGGAUCUACUGGACAUCUGGACCGAGCUCGUCGAUGCUGGCCUUGAGAGUGGUCAUGCUUAUGCCAAGUCUCUCCGAACCAUCAAGAGCUGCGUUGGAACUACCUGGUGCCGAUUCGGUGUAGGGGACAGUGUCGGGAUGGCCAUUCGACUGGAGCAACGGUACAAGAGUAUUCGAGCUCCUCACAAGUUUAAGGGUGCUGUCUCUGGCUGUGUCCGAGAGUGUGCCGAAGCGCAAAACAAAGACUUUGGUCUUAUUGCUACUGAGAAGGGAUUCAACAUCUUCGUUGGUGGCAACGGAGGUGCCAAACCUCGACACUCAGAGUUACUCGCCAAAGAUGUGCCACCUGAAGAUGUUAUUCCUAUCCUAGAUCGCUACGUGAUUUUCUACAUUCGAACCGCAGACAAGCUCCAGCGGACUGCACGAUGGCUUGAAAACCUCCCUGGCGGAAUCGAUUACCUGAAGGAUGUCGUCCUCAACGAUAAACUCGGUAUCGCAGCAGAAAUGGAGCACCAGAUGCAGGAACUUGUUGACAGCUACUUUUGCGAAUGGACCGAAACGGUCAACAACCCCAAGCGUCGCAAGUACUUUCAGCAGUUUGCCAACACCGACGAGACGGUCGAUACCGUGGAGAUUGUCAAAGAGCGCGAGCAAGUGCGCCCGACUUAUUGGCCAAAGGACGGAGCGAAUGAGGACUUCAAAGGUCACCAGUGGUCUAGCCUCUCAUGGCAGCCUGUCCUAAAGGCCGACUACUUCUCAGAUGGCCCACCUGCAAUUUCGUCUGCCAAUAUCAAGCGUGGCGACACCCAAUUAGCCAUCUUCAAGGUCAAGGGCAAGUACUACGCUACUCAGCAGAUGUGCCCCCACAAGCGGACCUUUGUCUUGUCCGAUGGUCUGAUCGGAGACGACGACAACGGCAAAUACUGGGUCUCGUGCCCUUACCACAAGCGAAACUACGAACUCAACGGCGAACAGGCGGGCCGUUGUCAGAACGAUGAGGAGAUGAACAUUGCCACAUUCCCGGUUGAAGAGCGGGAGGAUGGCUGGAUCUACAUGAAGCUUCCACCAGUUGAGGAGCUUGAUUCUGUUCUUGGGACGGAGAAGUGGAAGGUGAAGAAGGGUGAAGCCACAGACCCAUUUGAGGCGUAUGACAAGAAGUACAGCAGUGGGAUGAAGGGGAAGAGGGCUGGUGCGAACGGUAUCGAGGGCAAAAAGUCCGCUCCGUCUACUAAGAACAAUAUAGAUUGGUGA